CUCCCAAAAUAUGUCGGUCUUUGUCGGGUACGUGGAAUUUACAUGAACAGCUAAAGUUCUUCACGGUUUUUAAUACUUAGGCAGGUCUCACUAGUUAUUGCUAGAAGGAAAAUGUAAGUACGCGAAUAGCAAAUUUCCGCGUACCUACGUGGUACUUGCCUAAAAACAAAGAAGUACCAGACCAUAAAUUUGGCGUACCUCCGGUACGUUGGUACGUGAAUUAUCGCACCCUGCUAUGCCCAUGAACCACCACUGACUUUUAUAGUGUUAAUAAGUGUUUCUUUUUCAGAUUGAAUCAUUUGUAAAAAUGGAGGAAGCAGACGAACAAUCAUCCAUUAUUUUCAAUGUAUUCUCACUGUACAAAAAAUAUGGUGAUAAUGAUUAUCUGGGAGAACCAGUGAACCAACUAGAACAUGCAAUCCAGUGUGCCAUGCUCGCUGAAAAAGAAGGAUAUUCAGAUGAAGUAAGAUAUAGGUGUUUCCGUUUGGGCAAAACCACACACAAUCCAGUAGAGAUUUUUCGUAAUAUAUUAUUUUAAUAUGCAUACAUUCUGAAAUGGAUUAGACUCUGAUUAGAUAAUGAUUAAAGGAUUACACAAUAUCAAAGAUCCAAAAUAUAAAAUACAAUUUGUAAUACCUGAAGAGUGAAUCUCUACGGACUGAUUAAUCACUAAUUCAAUCACUUAGCAUGCAAAUCAAAUUGGAUGAAUCAAAUAGAAUGCUAAAUCAAACUAAGGUAAUUAUUAAUAAUACUUAAACAGUUUGUAAACUGUCCGAUCCAAUAGGGUUUAAAUAUGUUGGACAUUUCGAUCAUUCAACACAACAUUUUCAAUUCGAAAUGACUAAACUUCAUUCGUUGUAGUUCCAAUUAACCUUCUUAGCUUGUCUUAUUGUUGCUUUCUUGCUUUAUAUAUUGAAUAGUUUUAUUUAAAAUCUAAUUAUGCAAUAUGAUGUCAUGAUUCGCUCGAAAAAUUACUGAAGAUUAUUUGAUGAUGAAAACGAAUGGAAGAAUGUACUUCAUGAAAACAAAGUUAAAACAUAUAAAUUUUGUGUGAUUACCUUGACGGUUACGAAAUAAAUAAUAGAUAACUAUACAGUAUACACCACGCAAUUAGUACUCCGCAUUAUCUUGGCGUUCUCAAACACUGAAAGAUACAUAUUAAUUAAAGACAAAGUUAAUUAAAAGCACAUUACCUUUGUGUCUACAGCUAUUUCAAUUAAGGUUGUCCACGAGCAAAGCGGAAAAGUCGAAUACGAGCGCGAAAGGCUGCUGGGAAUCGCUUUGAAAAUUCAUUAAUUUGUUAGCGAUUCCCAGCAGCCUUUCGCGCUCGUAUUCGACUUUUCCGCUUUGCUCGUGGACAACCUUAAUUGAAAUAGCUGCAUGUAUAUAUCUUCAUGUGUGAUAUGGUUGUCUCGUUUUUAAAAUACCGCGCAUUUGUGUAGACAUUAUACAUAGUUCAACACAAUUUUUUGUGUCUAUACAGGGUGUCCCAAUAAAAAUGGCCCCUACCAUAUUUUGUGGUACUACAUCGUUACCUGUAAUCGAAUAUUCAAAUUUUUUCAUUUUUUUUAUCAAUGAACGUAUUACGUUAAUCAUUCCAUUUUUUUGCAUCAAAAUAUUUAACCGUUCGCCUUCUAGAGUUACUUAAGGUGGCGACACCAAUAUUGCCACUUGUCCAAAUUGUGAAUAUUAGGUUUAAACGUAUUAUGGAACGUAAUAAAAUAUUUUAAUGGUAAAUGGCUACAUACCUUUUCUAAAACUUGUAAUUAGUUGUAGCCAAAAUCGCGAAUUAAUUUUCUGUAAAAAUGAAGCAAUCCCCAGAAAAGGGGAAAGAUUAGUGCUGAAAUCCCAACAUUUGCUCUUUCAUGGAACAAAUUGAAUGGAAAACAGCAAAUUUAAGGCAUUUUCCCAACCUUUGCUUUGCCUUUGUCAAUUUGCCAGGAAAAAAUUUACAAGAAACAAAAGUUUAAUAAUAGAGAUAAAAACAUUUUGUUUUUGAACAGAAAGGUGGGUAGAAACUUUAGAAAUCCUUCUACAAAUUUUGCAUUAUUUUUAACCUAAUAUCUGUAAUUUGGACGAGUUGCAAAAUUAGUGUCGCCACCUUAAGUAUCUCUAGAAGCCGAACGGUUAAGUCUUUUGGUGAGAUAAAUACUACGAUCAAUAUAAUAUGAUUGUUUUUUAACCCACUGCAAAAAAAUUGUACCUUUGAUUAAAUAUAGCGAAGUAAUACCACCAAAUAUGACAGGGGACAUUUUUUUUGGGACACCCUGUACUCUUAGUUCAGAGUUCAGACCUUGAAUUUUGUGGGGCGCGAUCGGCUUUCGCGCUGAUUCCGCUCCUAACUCGUCAGCCUUAAGUCCCAGGCGCACUCUCUUCGGCGCUUCACUGUUCAUAUUUUGUUUCUGCAGGCGUAUAUGAAUGCCUUGAGAAGUUGACGUCACACUUAGGUUCCACGUGCUAGCACGCUUCAGAAAGACUGGGACUACACACGUAAAAAUCUCACAUUUUGUAGCAUGUCUGCCAACAAGCCGUCAACAUUAGGGCCAUUUAUACGGGACAAAAUAAGACGCGACUUACAUAAGACGCGACUUAAAUAAGACGCGAGUUUGUCGUAUAAAAGGUACAAAAUUCUUAUGUAAGACGUGUCUUGGAUAAGACGCGUCUUACAUAAGAACAGGACUUUUAGCUGUUCUUAUUUAAGUCGCACCUUAAAUAAGAAAUUUUAGACAAAAAUUCUAACUACACAUGCCCGAAACUUGAAACAACGUAAAAUUAUUAGCCUUGCAUAUUCGAACAAAAACAACCGAAACAACAUUAUAGCUAUAGCAAGUAAAUAAGAAUAAAUCCGUAGAGAACCAUUUAUGCGAUAACUCAGCUUAUAUAAGACGCGUCUCGCGUCUUAUGUAAGACGCGACUUAUUUUGUCCCGUAUAAAUGGCCCUAUUUUGCGUUCGCACAGCUUGUCCCAAGUUGGGAACAAACUGUUAACAACUUGUAACAACCUUGGAACAAACUGUUAACAACUUGUAACAACCUUGUUGAUAUUAUCAGACAUGUCGUGUCGUAAGGUUGUUCCAACAAGCCCGUUACAGUCAUGAUAUAACAAUAUUGUUACAACCUUGUGUCGUCAUCCACUCAUCAUGAUAUAACAUUCUUGUUAUAUCAUGACUGUAUAUCAGACUUCAUGAUAUAAUUAUAUAACAACCUUGUAACAUGUCUGAUAAUGCCAACAAGCUUGUUACAAGUUGUUAACAGCUUGUUUCAAACUUGUUACAAUAACUAGAACAAGCAGUGGGAACACAACUUGUCGACAGCUUGUGAACAGAUUUGUAACAACUUGUUUGCAGACCUGUAACAAUUACUUGUGCGUUUUUACGUGUGUAGGUUGCGCUGCCCUUACUUCGUUCCAGAUAUAGCGAUUUACAUAAAUUAACGCGACAUCAAAUUAACGCGGAUUGCUUCUAGGUCUUUUAAAACAUGAUUAUAUUAACGCGAAUCUGAUCUCCAUGGUUGACAAAUUAAUUAAAUUAACGCGAAUCGGAAAAUAUAGACACAACAACAACAACAACAACAACAACAACAACAACAACAACAACAACAACAACAACAACAACAACAACAACAACAACAACAACAACAACAACAACAACAACAACAACAACAACAAAGGUUUAAUGUUAAGAGGAGCACUGAUGUUUUUAGUUUACGUUAAUAUGCUGUAUUUUGAUAUUAAAAGAGUUAGUGUUAUAUAAAACAAAUCUAGGUAUUUUUAACUAACGAUAAAUGAAAAUUACAUACUUAAAAUUAACGAUCACAUAAAUUAACAUUAAUUAAAUUAACGCGAAUUUUUAAAAUCCGCGUUAAUAAAGUGCAUCAUUAAUUUCCUAUAAUAAGGUAUGCUGAGAACAUAUAUAUUUCAACGCAUCGUUUUAUUUACUGUAUAUAUGCUUCGUUAUUAAAAAAGAUUGCACUUCAAAUAUAGCAAGGUUUGUGUGUUUUCAGGGUCGGCCAUUGUCAUGUUUGACACGUAAAUGUAGAUUGGCAAGGAAGAUCCGAGAUUUUUGCUUGGCAUGUGAUUGAUUUAAUGAAAUUCAAUGAGUCAGUUAUCUUGAGACUGCAUGCUUCCAUUACGGCAUUUGGUACUAUUGUGUCCCUCUUACGGAGUGAACUAUUCUUUGUUUGCAAUCACGUGACUUUUCAUCCAAAUGCAUGACGGGCAAUCAAACAACUUGUGGACGAUUUUUCUCCUAUCAGAAUGGUUGUAGCAAGAAAAACUGAACGGUAAUUCAUCUUUUGAGGCUUAAACCGUCUCUCAACUCAAUCAAUAUAUUAAAAUAGCCGUUUUUUGUUAUACCUGCCUGUCAACUGAAAUCCCAAAAUUACGUCCUUGCAAACAAAGAAUAGUCUGGCAUUAGCUAUAUAUUGCAUGGGUUUGGACAGCAGAAAUUAAUAAAUGGUUAAAAUAGAAUAUUUGGGCAUAUUGUGUUCGUUACUGGGACUGAGUAAAUAAACGUGUGUAAAUAUUUUGCAUAUUUAGGUGAUACUUGGUGCAUUUCUGCAUGACAUAGGACAUUUAGUUGGAAAAGACAAAAAUUUAGAAGAUAUGGUUACUGAUGGUGUGAUUAUUGGGACACAAAAUCACGAUAAAGUCGGAGAAAAUUUCUUAAAAGACCUCGGUAGGUUAUUCAACUUUAUCAUAAAUUAUUUAACAUAUAAUAACUCUCACUUUCAUAUCGUCAUUUUCUUUAAUAUGGAUGAGUAAAUCACAAAAUUUUCAAUUUAUUCCCCUUGCCAGGCAAUUUUAUUUUUUAGAUGGCUUUUGUUAGCAUGUGUUGUUCCAGUAUCACAUUCAUCCCAGUCUGAAUUCAUGCCGAUCUGAAGUCAGUCGGCUCGGUCCAGCAGACGGAAUGACUUAUUUUCGUCCCGGUCUCAAUAUAAAUAUCUAUUAUAAAUAAUACUACUAUGCAUGACCGAAACGAAAUUAUCCCGGUUUGCCUUCUCUCCGGUCUCAUGUGAAUGGGGCCUUACUUCAAUGACAACGUAAGUUUCUAAUAUUAGCAUUUUAAAGAUACAGUCAGCCAAUCCAAUCAUUGUGAGGUGAGAACAAAUUCGUGACUACAGAAAAGUUUCUGUUUGACCUCGUAUUUUUUACUUCAGGAUUUCCAAAGGGUAUAACCGACUUCGUUCGUGGUCACGUGUCUGCGAAGAGAUAUCUUGUUGCAAAGAGACCUGGAUACUAUGAUCGUAAGUGUCUAAUAUGGUAUCGAACCAAGGAGGUAUUUAGGGGUGCUUCGGCUAUAGCAUUUACGCCGGAUAGUUGAAAAAUAUCCGACCGGAUUAUCCAGCAGAUUAUCCAGAGUUGCUAUGCAGAGACUAUACUUUUCUACAGAGUUGUGGAAUGCCGAAUCAAGUUGUAGGGGACCUAUUAUAGUCUAGCGGUUAUACAGUUUUUAAUAAAAACCGCAUAAAAAUCGAAAAAAGUAAAUAUAGAUAUAAAGAAAAUGACGGUUACGGUUUUCACGAAGAAAAUACUGGCGAUUAACGAUGAAGUACAACGGUUUGCGAAAGGACCGACCCCCUAUAGUAGGCCCUCGUUGUACUGGCAACUCAAUAGACAAUUCAAUAGACAUGUUACAAAAUAGUCACAAACUUGUUACAACCUUCUCUUCAAUUAGAAUUAUCAAGCGCGAGCAAAAUGACUCUAGUACAUCAAGGUGGACCAAUGAAUAACGAUGAAGCAGCGACAUUUGAGAAGCUGGAGAAUUUCGAAGCAAUCCUGAGAAUGAGAAGUUGGGAUGAACAAGCUAAGGUUGAAAAUAUGAUUAUUAAUCCACUUGGCAAAUACGAGGCCAUGUGUAAGACCUACUUAAAUACGUGUUCAAUGUAGAACAACCAAUAUUCAACAUGGUAUAGCAAACAGAAUAUGCUUUCAAAUUUCAUAGAAUAUAACUAAAAUUUUGAAAACAAGAGCAAUUAAUUAACAUUAGGGAAAUGGGGUCAUAAGCAUUGGAAGUUAAUUCUUAACUGAAUUUAUAAAUAGUUUGGGAAUCUGAGUAUUAGGAGAUAAUUGAUUAAUUAUUUAGAUACUAACUCAGGCAUUUACGUAAGAAACAUGAAGAUAAUUCUAAGAAAUGUUGGGCGUUGUCUGCUGGAUCUGGAUGGGAGAUUACUUACUCGAAAUGUCACUGGUUCUCCAACUACAGCACAUUUUAAAAAUAUAUAUAAUCUAAAUUUUUAUAAUGUCUAUUGAAUGUAUAGUAAUUUGCGUUAUUCAUAUGAAAGUUUAAAUAAAAUUAUUAAG